AUGCUGGAUGACACCCUCACGACACCGGUCAAAGCGAGGACAAACGCACCGACACCGCCUCCCCGUAAGCAUAAAUCCCCCCAAAAAACCGGACAGGAGCCAGAACAACCGGGCUCCAAGGAGGAGGUUGACCAGUCGGCGUCAACCAAAGUCCAGGGCCCCCCUGAAGUGGCGAUAGCGCGCAAAGAUGCAUACAGCAUCGUCAUUUCCACCACACCUGGAAAGGGGGAGGAGGACACAGAAGAGGACUAUGCCGGACCAAUCCCAGCAGUCAAUCCAGUCCUGGAAGACUACAAAUGGGAAGAAUCCAGCAAUGGAUCCCAAUGGACUGACGUGGACAGUCAACCAACCGGACGUCUGAGCUUGCUUCCGUCGAUUGGCACACACACGGGAGUAAGCAAAGACCUCGCCACCCAAAGAGCGAGGGAGUAUCUCUUGGUGGGUAAAGGGGCACUAGAGAGCUCAAAGACCCUGAAAAGGGAAUUACGAGCAACUGCAGUAGAGUGCCUAGGCAAUCUCUACGAGCUGGUCCUCUCGCUAGCUGACUCCAGGAACAGGCACCGCCUGAACCUCGAAGUGGAGAGAUCGAGAGCCGCGAGAGAACUAGUGCGAGUGGAGAGAGCCCACCAUGUGGAGAUGCAGCGCCUAAGGGAGGACUUCGACAAGCGUCUCCAGACCACCCAGGAGACACUCAAGGAGACACAGGGCUUGGCGGAGGGGAUCCAGAGCUGGUUGAACAGUGAGGUGGGGGGCUUGAUCAGUACGGUCAAGACAUCUCGCCGAGAAGAGACCCCUCGGGCAUUACCACCUCCGCCAACCUACAUUCAAUCCAGUGUCGACCACACCAAGGAGCUGGCUGAGAUCUCGGACAAGCUAACCUCGUUAGCUACCGAGAUCUUUUACAUCAAACAGGAUAGGUCGCCAAAAAAGCACGGGAGCCAAACACCUAGUGCGUCACCAACUUCCCGGCCGGAAACUGACCCUCUGCAACAGUCGCUAGCCUCACUCAGGACAGAGAUGGAGGCUUCCAGGAAGGAGAUAGCCCUGAUCAAAAAGGGAAUCUCCGACCUGAAAUGUGCGACCAGAGAGGAGGUCCGGGAAGAGCUGUCAACGGCCACGGCACCUAUCCACAAGAAGGCAAGCAAGCUCCUUGAGGAAGUAAGCGAGGUCAAGGACGUCGUCCUAGCAAACGGUGGACUACAGGCGUCAGGUGCGAUGGGCUUAGGGACGGAGCUCGCGAUGACCGAUACGACGGCCACAAUAGAGGGCUUAUUAAACCCUCUCAAGGCCGACGUAGCGGAAAUCGCGAGCACGUCAAAGGCUCUGACCACCUCGAUGCAGUGGUUCAACUCCAAACUAAAAACACCGGAAACAACAACGGCCCGCACGUACGCCGAGACUCUCAAGUGCAAGCCAAAGCCCAGGCCUAACCACACUCUUAUAGUGUCCAGCACUGAUCCCACCAAAACUGGCGACGGGGUGCUUGACACUAUAAGAACUACCCUGGACUUCAAGAGCAGUGGCCUGAGAGUCGACCGCGUGCGAAAGGCCCGCAAUAGUAAAAUUGUACUCAGCUGCGAGUCCCCCGAGGAUGCGCGGCUGUUACAACAAAAAAUAAAAACAGCAGCGACUCUAAAGGUCAAAGAGGCGAAGGCGGCACACCCACUAAUAAAGGUGAAGAACCUGAUGGCGUACCAUACUGACGACGAGUUGUGUCAGAACCUCAGAGCCCAGAAUAAGGAAUUAUUCGAAGGGCUGAAAGGGGAAGACGCGUCGUUGAAGGUUAGGUACAGAAAGCGCGCGCGGAACAACCUCCAAUGUCACCCAGUGCUAGAGGUGGCACCUAAACUUCACAAGCGCAUACUGGAAGCGGGGCACGUCCACAUCGGGCUCGAGAAGAGACCAGUGGAGGACCAAUCGCCCCUAGUGCAGUGCGCUAAGUGCUUAGGAUUCGGGCAUACCAAAGCCCUAUGCAAGGAACGGGACCAGGCCUGCAAUUACUGCGGCGAUUCCCAUUCCUGGCAAGACUGCCCGGUCCGCAAGCAAGGAGGCGAGCCCAAGUGCAGAAACUGCAUGAAAGCUCAAAAGGGGGCCACCAACAACAACAAAGCACACAUGGCAUUCAGCGAUGAAUGUCCGGAAAGAGCUGUAUGGGACGGCAUAGCGCGCGCAAAGAUUGCAUACUGCUAAAGGCAGCCAAGACGCGACCGGCUCAAGU